GACAGCAAAAUAAAAUUCAUUUGUCUUCAUUUCAUAGGUGAUUGGUUAUUGGAAAAGAAUGGCGUUUUCUACAACUCUUCGUUGCUCAUCUUCUCUAUUAUUUCGCCCUUCCAACGAUUCAAUCGCUUUGCCUCAAUCCUCUUCUUCUUCACUCUCCUUUCGAUCCUCACCCUCUCUUUUCAACCCCAAAAAAUCCCUGUCCAUUCGAUCUGCUACACUUGAAGCAGCACCUGCAUCUGGAGGAGUAGCACCUGCAGUUUCCUUAACCGACAAUGCAUUGAAGCACUUGAGUAAGAUGAGGAGCGAGCGGAAUGAAGACUUGUGUCUUAGAAUUGGCGUUAAACAAGGUGGAUGCUCAGGCAUGUCAUACACGAUGGAGUUUGAAAAGCGAGAAAAUGCUAGACCAGAUGAUUCGAUAAUUGAAUACAAUGGGUUUGUUAUUGGUUCAAAUGAAAAACUCUCCCUAGCCUUGCGAAGAAACAGAGAGGGGAGAUCACUGCUCCAAUGAACUAUAACUUUUGCAUUAGAACAUCUGUGAAUUUCCGCUCCACUCUCAGGGAUCUGACUAUGCUUCUGAUCACGAGACUUGUGUGCUAUUUAACGUUUGCUUGAUUAUCUGAUGCUGAUUGCAGUAGAAAAAUUACUUCUGUUUGCUCUUGUAUGCUUCAUCAGUCUACUAGACAAUUUAGUUCACUUUCAGAAUGGAAGGUUUCUUUAAGACCAAUUAUAAUGGCCUUGAUUCAGAGAGUUUGCCUUGUCAGUUUGUGUGACUUUUCACUCAAUCAAGUGGUUGAGCUAUUUAUAUUAUUGGGUCCAUGCAAGAGACUAGUAUUAUUUUGCUCUAUAUUUGUAGGUUAUGCGUGCUACCUACUUGUGUUUGUUUCUUUUUCCAUUGAUUAUUGGCUUUUAUUUAUGAAAUUUUGAUUUCAUACUGUUUUUCGCAGUUUGUGAUCCAAAAAGCCUUCUGUUCAUCUUUGGAAUGCAACUGGACUAUAGCGAUGCGUUGAUAGGCGGGGG